AUGAGGAAUACACCCAAGAAUUUUCGGAGAGUGGAACCGAUUCCGAUGUCAUACGCAAACUUAUUUCCCCAGCUUCUAGAACAAAGGAUGAUAUCCACCAUCCCCGGGAUUCCUCUCACCAAUCCUCCCCCGCAUUGGUAUAAUCCUGAGGUCCGAUGCGCGUACCAUGCCAAUUCUCCAAGGCACCCUAUUGACCAGUGUUGGGCCUUCAAACACAAGGUGCAAGAUUUGAGGGACGCGGGUUGGUUGUCAUUCGAUGGGAAGCCGGUUGGUAUUAAAGAAAAUCCUUUGCCUGACCAUGGAAAGGACAAUGUUGGAAUGAUCGAAGAACAAGAUGGGGAAAAAUUUGAAAGAAGAUGGGAGCAAAUGAUGCUAGACUGGGUGUAUAGUGAACUGACAACGGCAGGCCUAGCAGGACUGAAGGCUAUUUGCCCUAAAGGCGCCCCAUGCGCAUGCCAAAAUACUAUGAAAAAAUCAGUACAACAAUGUGAGACUUUCCGGAUUUUUCUAAGUAGCUUGAUUGACAGCAAACGAGUGGAAGUUAGCCGCAUUCAGAAAACGAAUGAAGUUUUAGUCAUAGGGGAAUCUGACCAUCCCCAAUUCACCAACAGACCAUUUAUCCCCAUCAUGAAAAAAACCCCACGAGUCCUAGAGGCCCCAGUUCGGGUAGUGAUCUCAGCCCCUCGCCCUUUCGCAUAUCGCAAUGAUCGGGCAGUGCCAUGGAGGUAUAAUUGUGAAGUACACACCAAAGGAGAAACUAGCAGUGCUGCUGAAGUAAGAGGGAUAACCAGAAGUGGAAGGGUUUACACGCUGGAGGUCUUGGAGAAAGUGCAACCUAGCCAAGAACAGAAUAGGAACUUGAAGAAGCCAGUUCAAUCUCAGGAAGCCGAAGAAUUCUUGAAGAUAAUUAAACACAGUGAAUACAACAUCAUUGACCAAUUGAAGAAGAUGCCAGCCCAUAUCUCUAUUUUGUCGCUGUUGUUGAGCUCAGAAGCCCAUCGGGAAGCCCUAUUAAAGGCUCUUAAUCAGGCCUAUAUUCCACAAGACAUCAGCAUUGAUAAUUUUAACCACGUGAUUGGUGGUUUUACGAGUACCAACUACAUUACAUUUGCUGAUGAGGAGAUCCCCGUGGAAGGACAAGGGCACAAUCAGGCAUUGCACGUUUCCGCUAAAUGUCGAGAUCACAUGAUUGCAUGA